AUGUCUAGCAAAUCCAUUGAGUUGGAGCUUCUGAUAGAGGAGGGAUUAGAUGAUGGACCUGGUAUCAUCAACACAGAUUCCAGCUCUACCAUUCUCGAGGAUGACAAACGCUCGCUCCGCAGAAUUACAGGAAGAGUUCCCAGAGUUGCAUUUCUCAUAUGUCUUGUUGAAUUGGCGGAACGUGGUUCCUACUAUAGUUUGACUGGGUGUUUGACCAACUUCAUCCAAAGGCCAUUGCCCGUCGGUGGUAACGGUACAGGGGCUCCAUCAGCUCACAGCCAGCAGAAUGCCGGUGCUUUGGGGCUUGGAUUGCAAUGGGCAAAUGUUUUGUACUUGAUGCUGAUUUUUUUGGCCUAUUUAACACCUAUCUGGGGUGGAUUUCUAUCUGAUUCGCAAUUGGGAAAGUUUAAGGCCGUUUGGACCGGCACUGUUAUAUGUGGAGUAUCACACAUCUUGUUUAUACUGGCGGCAUUGCCGAUUGUAUUACAAGAACACCGUAUUACUGGGCUGGUUUUGAUCAUUAUUGCAAUCGUGGUUUUGGCUUUGGGGGUGGGUUUUAUCAAGCCCAAUCUGCUGCCAUUGUUGAUGGACCAAUAUCCGCACAAGAAUGACUUCAUCAUGGUUCUGGAGUCUGGAGAAGUGGUUAUUGUGGACCGCAAAGCCACUCUAGAGAAGAUGUCGUUAAUUUUUUAUUGGUCCAUCAAUGUAGGGUGUUUUUUCCAGUUCGUGACGGUUCUAGCUGAAGAUCGAUAUGGCUAUUGGCUAGCCUUCAGUAUACCCGGGAUGAUGUACCUAUUGCUGCCGAUAGUGUUGAUCGUGGUUGGUCCAAAGCUUCUCAUACUUCCUCCCGGAGGCUCCAUGUUUGCUGAUAUUGUCUCUGUGCUUAAAAUUUGCUACUCCACUGGCUGGUACCGCAGGUUCAAGGACGGUACCUUUUGGGAGUAUCCAUCCUCGAGAUGGGACCCACAAUUUGUUGAUGAUAUCAAGAGGACAAUCGAUGCUUGCAAGAUAUUUUCGUUCUUCGUGAUUUUCAAUGUCAAUGACGGAUCUUUGGGGUCAAUUCAGACAAAUCAGGCGGGUUCUUUGACCAGGACUACUGUCCCCAACGACUUUUUCAGUGUGCUCAAUCCCUUGACCAUCCUGAUUAUGGUCCCGUUACAAGACUAUUUUCUUUACCCAUUUUGCAGGAAACACAACUGGAACUAUACUCCUCAACUAAAGAUAUUCACCGGGUUUAUUCUGGCUAGUAUUGGAAGUAUCAUUGGUGCCGUGCUGCAGUACAUGGUCUACCAGACUUCUCCGUGUGGUUACAAAGCAAGUACUUGUGAAAUUGGGACCCAGGUUUCUCCCAUAUCUGCCUGGUGGACUUCUCCAGUAUGGAUUUUACCUGCUGUGGGAGAGUGCUUUGCCAAUGUGACUGCUUAUGAGUUAGCUUACUCGAGAUCGCCAAAGAGAAUGCAAAGUUUGGUGUUUGCGCUGUUCCUGGCUUCUACUUCGUUAUCAGCGGUUUUGGGCGAGAUAUGCACAAUUGCAGCAAAAGAUCCGUAUUUGGUCUGGCCGUUUGCCAUUUUUGGUAUCUGGGGAUUGGUAUCUGCAACAAGAUUCCUGCGCAAGUUUAAUAACCUGCAUCUAGAGUAG